AUGAACCGACGCCAAUGGCUCUUCAGCAUCUUGCUACUGCCAUUCCUGGCGGUGUUCAUAUGGCGCAAAAGGUGGAGGGCGCUGGUGCUGUGCUGUUCGAGAGCUCGGAAGUCGCUUCCUCCUCGUCAGGAUGACGCCCGUACCGAGAAGCGCGUUCCAAUCCCAAAAAGAGCCGUUGUGGACACGCUCGAUACACUCCUUGUGCGAAGCGAGGGACGAGUUUCCGUGAUUCAAGACGGCGUCAGAGCGUUGAGCAGACUCAUUUCCAAAUACAGCACGGAUGUCUACCUGCUGACGAAGUGCGGCUCGGACCAAGAAGAGAGCCAAAUACGCCAGCUAUUGAUUCAGGAAAACAUUUCCGGACUCGAGCCUCACAAAUUACUGUUUUGUGAGACAGAAGCAGGACGCAUUCACAUGGUGAGGCAGUUGGAGCCCGACCUCGUCGUCAGCGGCUCGUUGCCGAUGCUCAAGGAGCUCGAGAAGUGGGUGCCGAAUCUGCUGUGCACGAGGAAGGGCGUGUCAGAUGGCAGGGUGGCGUUCGGAGCCAUGGCCGACAUUGGCACGGGGGAGCAUUAG